CGGCAAAGUCUUCUCCUUUAUAUAUAAAGGAUCCUGCUUUUGUACAUUUAAAUGUUUUUAUAUGUUGUGUGCUGCUACAAAAAAUCUUUCCUUCUUGCAUAGAUUAUAGUGCAUCAAGGACUCUACAUCGUCUCAAAAGGGCUAGCGACAGCCACACAGAAGUUAUCUUGAAUCAGAAAACAUGCUGCUAAGAAGCUCUUCAACGCCAGUUCUUGGAUCCCUCCUUUCCAACUUCACAGAUAGUCCUAACAACAGUAUUCACUCAGAAACCAGCCAUGCAAUCAAGCACUUUCCACCAACCGGCGUUCCGCAACAUUAUCACAAACUUCAUGUCCCCCAAACUGGGUCCUUCACUCUCCCUUCCUUCUCAUGUGGUUCUUCCCCAAUCUCUCCCUCAAUUGGUGAGCUUGAAAGGAAAAACAAAGGCUUUAGAAGAGUUCAAUCUGAUGGGAACUUGCAAGACUUAGCCUACUCCUGCAACAACGAAGACAUUUUGGAAUUUUCAGACCCUUCCAAGAGGUUUCCAACGAGGAACAGGUGCUUGAUGCUGGAGACAAUUCCUUCUUUCUCGCUUGGUAAGCACAGCGGCUUGCGUCUAGAAGAGGAAGAUGAAGAAAUGGAAAGUGAGAGUGAAGAAGGGGAGGAGAAGGGGGUAGAGGGGUUGAGUGUGGUGAAUGGUGUGAUAUUGAGUGAAGCUUGGAAAGCGAAAGAUGGAGUUUGCAGAGUGAGUUUUGGUGAGCAGGAAGAGGUUGGUAGUGGUAAAGAAAUGUAUCUUGCAAAGGGGCUUGGCGUAGAGUGCUGUGGGGAUGGCAUAGGUGGCUGCAUAGGGGGUGGUGGAGGUAGUAGUGAUCACAAUCCUUUGGGUUCUGGAGGGAAUGAUGGAGAUAGGCAUGAUGUGGAGGAGUAUUACAAGAAAAUGGUGAAAGAAAAUCCAGGGGAUCCUUUGUUUCUCAGGAAUUAUGCUAAUUUUUUGUAUCAGUGCAAACAGGAUCGCGAAGGAGCAGAGGAGUACUAUUCUCGUGCCAUACUGGCAGACCCAAAUGAUGGAGAUGUUCUAUCACAGUAUGGGAAGCUGGUUUGGGAGGUACACCAUGACCAAGAACGUGCCUCCAGCUAUUUUGAAAGAGCAGUCCAAGCCUCUCCUGAAGACAGCCAUGUACAUGCAGCAUAUGCUAGUUUCCUUUGGGACGCAGAGGAAGAGGAAGAUGGUAACAAUGAAGCACAGUGUUUGCCGCCUCAUUCUCAUCAAGGAGCUAUGGCUACAGCAGGUGCUUGAAUUGGUGGAGUUGGAAUGCAGAAGCGAGUGUCUUACCAUCAUGUGUUGAAAUUCUUGUAUUGAAGCCAAUGUUGUAAGGGAUGGUUCUGUUCAGAAAGCUGCACAUUCUAUUAAUAAGACAAAUCUACGAUCUCUAGCUUUGAGUUUCUGUAGCACAGUUGGUUCUUUUCCUUUGUCAGAGUUGUGCACAAACUAAUUACUUAAUCAACGUCUACUGAUUGAUUACACGUUUUAUUCGGGACUAGUACUUGUAUGUUUCAUCAAAGGCACUGCACAGCUUAAGAAGGAGAACAUAGAUUAGAUGAAGAAAAGGGCAUAAACUGAGGAAACAACACAUUAAGCCAUUGUACUACAAAUGUCAGAACAUUGACGCAGGACGGAAUUAAGGUUGUAAGUAAUGAUGAAGAAAAAGGUUCUGGAAGACCUCAAUCUGGCUGAGGAUAUUUUAGGUGCAGAAUAUAGAAAAUAAUAGUCAUGCUGUUAAGGGUCUUCUUGGCCUGAAUAUGGAAAGGAGAAGAAGGAAUUGAAUGC